UUCCUGCCUGUCAACAACACUGCAAGCUGAGACAGGAGAGCAGCCUGUUGGCGAGCUAAGCUCAAAUAAACACAGACUUUUACUACACAGUCUGCUUAUUUCCUCCGUCAUGUAACGACCGAGGAAAGUUACCUGGACCGGGCGGGAGGUCGGACGGACUUUGUAGUUGGGCUGCUUCAACACACUCUUCCUCUGUGACAUGACAUCGCUGCUUGCUACUAACUACAACACCCAGAGUUCUACAGCAACCGGUUGACAUUUGCUCAGGUGCUGUUCAACAGGAUGGCUGCACAGGUGGAGGUACAGAGUGUGGAGGUUAGGAGGACCGUGACGGGAGGAAGACUUCACUUGAGUCCCCUGACUGACUCAAGUAAUACAAGUCCAUCAAUCAGUCAGUCACAUAUCAUCACUCCAGAACCUAAAAAACCUAUUCCUGCCCCCAAACCACGUCUUACCCCAAAACCGUUUUCUGUGGAGAAGAACCCCAUUAUUAGACCUAUACCUGCCCCAAAGCCUCAUACCAAAACCAGACCAGUAUCCACUCACCCUGCUGGAUACAAACCAGAAACUCCAUGCAAUCCAAAUCCACAGCAACCAGUUGCCAUUGUCAUGCCAAGUCCUGUAUCAUCAAACCCUAGUCUACCUACCUCAACCUCAUUUAGAACAUCUGCGAAGGUGAACACUGGGCAAACAACAAAGCCUGUUGCCCCUCCAUUUAAACCAGCCCCCCCACUUGACCCUGUAGACCCUAUCAAACCCACUCCCCCUUUGCCAGCAGAGAGACAUAAACCUAUGAACCAGAUAACACCCAUGCAGAAAGAGGCAUCCAUUAGCAGAGCCAAGUCCUUGGGGUUCCUUAAUCAGAUGGAUUUUUCUGAGGCAGCGGUUCCACCUCGACCCAAACCCCGAGGAUCCAGGCCUAGACCUGUAUCAGCGGUUUUAAUGUAUAAUGCAGAGACACCACCUCCUGCUUCUCACUUGACCGAAGGAAGACCUCUUUCUUUGGAUUUGACAUCCAAGUUUGAGUCUGUUGGUCUGUCGCUACACCCUAAAACAGCCAAAUCCAACGUUAAAGAAAGCCCUUCGAAAGAGGAAGUACUUCCACCAAAGUCACAGCAGCAGACAAAUAGUACUGUGUCCCUAAAUACUGAUGUUAAAGUGAAACCAUUGGUCCCAAAUGAGCAGACCAAAAUAUGCGUAAAAGAGACUGAAGACAACCAGCAAGGAGCUAGCGUCAAGUCACGAAUUAAUCUCCUUCUUGAUUCUUCCUCCGCUACUGAGACAGUCUCUGCUGGACAAACAUCAGACAUUCCUGCUCAAGUGCAGAACGUCCCUGAAACUCAACCACAAGUAGGUGUUAAACAGCUCAUCAAGCAGCUAACCGAUGAUACAACACCAACUCAAAGUCCUGUCUUGAAACCAGCAGUGAAGCCCCGCUCCCUGCCUUCUGAUCUCACUAAAAAGUUUUCAUCCGAGAAGUUAUCUGACCUUGGCGGUGUUUCUCUCAGUGAGGAAACAGAAUAUCAUGACAUCAACAAAGAUACUCAAAGGAGGGUAAGAGAGGUUGAAGCUGCAGCAGUCAACCCAACUUACAAAAAGGAUUUGGUGGAUUUCCAAGGUCAGCUCAAAAGGAUCAGCUCAAUGACGGAAAGUCCAGAGGCAGGGAAGACAUUUAGUGCUACCAUCAAACAAAGCACUCCCAGUGUUGAGGUGCAGACAGUGCGAGCAUCAUUAUUUGAUAAUAUUGUUGAAAAAUCCUCUGUGCUGAUGGUGGAUAAAGAUAAAGGAUGGACCAAGGCCACUGACUCACUUAGUAACCCAUCCUUGAGGAGAGUAAGCAGUGAAGAUGAAGGUACUCUGGUGACUGCCACCUAUAAAGAUUCUGUAUCACCAAGUCCCUUACGAGUGAACCAUGCUAUGGACACUGUGCAAGCGGUGGAAGAAAGCAGAGCAGUCAGUGAACGGAUCCUUCCUGCUCAGCGUGAGGACAAGGCCAUGACUUUACGCUCCAGACGAUCAGAAGGGAACAAGCCAAUGAUGGAAAAAAAUGGUUUGAUCAAAGAUGAACCGGCUUCGCCAAUGGCAACAGAGCAGCAGCCUCGAUACUUGCGAAUAGGAGCAUUCCAGAAAUGGGCUACUAGUAGCCCAGACUCAGGUGUGGCAAAUGAGAAACUAAAGGAAUCACUUAGGGGGAAAGAAACUGAUUUGAACAAAGACCGACAAAGAGAAGCUGAGCAAGAAGAAGCAGCUGCAGCUCCGAAACGCUUGAAAACACUGCAGGUAGAUGAACAGCCAAAACCCAAGGCGACCUAUUUUGCUUUGACGGGACAAAUACAGGAGUCUAUGUCUCUUUCAGAGGUAGGCGCUAACAUAAGUUCAACAGUACCGUAUGAUGAUUUUGCUAUAGGUUCUGGACAAACAACCUCUCAAGGUAAGGUUUCUGCCAUUAAGAGGAAUCUGUCAUUAAAUGAAACUCUUCGAAAUAAGCAUCGAGACAAAAAUAAGGACAUAGGGAUGAUCAGCCAUAUGUCACCAAGGCAGAUGGCAGCCUCAAAUUAUGUGCACACAGCUGAGAAAAUGACAAUAAAAACAGAGCAAACAAAGGAAGAUGAUGGCAAAAUAAAAGCGUUUGAGAGGGAAAAACAGCGACAAGUAGAUAUUGAGAAACAAGCCAUUAUACAAUUUUCACAGAUGAAGGAAAUUGAUAUGCAAAGAGAAUUUGAAAAACAAAAAGCAUUUGAAAGGGAGAAACAAAGUGUGCUAGCACAGCAUAAAGCACUGAAAAACCUCCAAGAAUUAGAUUUUGAAAAACAAAGAGACCUGGAGAAACCGAGUCAAAUACAGCUUGACAAAGAAAAAGCAAGACGACAAGAACUGGAGAGGCGUAAGCAGCAAGAAUCAGAGAGACAAAGAGGCCUAGAAAAGCAGAGACAGCAAGAAAUGCUAAAGCAGAAAGAGCAGGAAUUGGAGAGACAAAGAGAUCUGAUGAGGUUGAUGGCGCAGGAAAAGGAAAAACAGCGGAAAAUUGAGCGGGAGCUAGAACUGAUGAGGUUUAGGGAGCAGGAAAAGGCGAGACAGCAAGAACUGAACAGGCAGCAAGAACUGUUGUGGCUAAGGGAGCAAGAGACUCUAAGACAGAGAGAACUUGAGAGACAGCGUGAAUUGAUGUUGCUGAAGGAGCAACAGAAACACAGAGAACUUCAGAGGCAGCAAGAACAACUGAAGCAAAGGGAGCAGGAAAUGGAGAGACAGCGAGAACUUAUGAGGCAGAAAGAGCAGGAAAAGGAGCAAUGGCGAGAAGUGGAACAGGAGAGGAAGCGUGAAUGGGAGAGACAGAGACAGCGGGAGGAAGAGAUGCAAAGAGAGCUUGAUAAGGAGACACUUCUAAUGGAAAUGCAAAGAAAUAAACAUAGAACUGAAGAACUGGAGAGAAUUAAGGAGAUGGAGGCAGAAAAGCUCUUAGAUUUUGAAAAGCGGAAGCAAAAAGAAAAGGUGCAACAGCAGAGAGAGAAAGAAAAAAUAAAACAAAUGGCUUUGGAACAGGAAAUGCUGAGACUCAAAGAGAUUGAUAAAGAAAGGGAGGACCAAAAACGACAAAUUGAGAGGGAGCGUGAGGAAGACAAUAUGAGGGAAAAUCUUAAAGAGCUUCAGAGACAAAAAGACUUGAAAAGGGAGAAGCUUCGAAGGGAGGCGGAGACAAUUAAAGAGAGAGAGAGAAUACAUUUAAUGGAGUUUGAAAUUCUAAAUCAAACAGAAAUGGACAGUUGGCAAACUGAAAGUGAGAAACACAAACUAAAGGAGACUAUGGAAAAGGCUGAAGCAGAGAAAAUGAGACAGGUUGCCAAACUCCAAGAAGCAGAGAGACAAAGACUUAAGGAGAUGCAAAAGAAAGAAGAACAGGAGAAGAUGAGGUUGGAGCAAUAUCCAUUAAGACCCAAAAUGGUGGAUUUGGACUCUGUACUCAGAACUACCCCCCCUCAUAACACUGGCCCAGCAUUACGAUGGAAGGAGCCCUCUCCAAGAGAUGAAGAGACCUACAAACCUGCCAUUCUUGACGUGGACUCCUUCACAUCUCACUCUCAUUCCUCCACCAGUCAAGAUCUACUACUGCCCGUUGCCAGUUUUCAGGAAGAUAAGUCCAACUUUGAUAGUUUAUUACGGCCUACGUAUGAAAAAGAUAUUACCUGGAAGGUACCACCACGGACGUCUGUGGAUUUCACAAGCCCAGUGUGGACACUGUCCCCACAUGACCCUUGGGAGGUAAUACCUAGUGAGAUGACUCACCCAAGCAAUGUCAGCCCAGAACAUAUACUUCAUAAGAAGGAGCAACAUUUGAUGGCCUCUCAGAGCCAAAGGCACAAUAAACAAGGCGAGCCACUUUACUUGGACCCUUUAUCCCAAAGGGGGACAACAACUGGCAUCCAUCUCGGUGGAGUCUCCAGCAACGCUCCUUUUGAUCAGAUCCGGUUGCAUGGAGAACCAAAAUCCCAAGCCGACCGGGAAAAAGUCUGGAACCACAGGAGAUCACAGGGAUCCCAGGAGCUGAAUAGGAUCCGCUCGCGCAGUAUGUCACGCCGAUCAGCCCCUUCUAGUGGUGCACUGGAGGGAAGUGUCACCAGGAUAAGGAGCCGUAGUGCUCACAGACAACAGGACCAUCCCAGCUGGGUGCAACAAAAGCAAGGUGAGGAGGAGGAAGAGGGGAAAGACUCUGAAACUCCAGUGGGUGAGACCGAUAGUCAGUAUGGGACCUGGGAGACAGGACUACGCACAGAUGAUAGCCUAACCCCUGCCACUCCCAGCUCAGAAAGCAACCUCACCCCUUCGCCAAGGAAUGCGACUCAUUCUUCGCAAGUUCAACCCGCCUCACAGUUGGAUGCAGACAUCUUUGACGGCCUGCAGCCAUCCUCUUCUUCUGAGCUCCAGCCCCUGGCUUUCCCGGAUGCCCCAACCCUCCUGUUAGACAACAGCGCCCUCCGCUCCAAAGUCCAGCUGGGGAAAAAACGUGCUCCCCGUUCGCGGCCCUCCAGAGCUGCUCGUCAGAGCGAGGGGGAAUCUUCUGAGAACUGGAUCUACAAAGACUCUACAGGUAAGGAGAGGAGUGAAGGGAAGAUGGAUGAAGUCGACUCCAAGGAGCAGACUCCAGCAGCAGAAGCUGGUGUUCAGCCGCAGAGGGUGGCCUUGUUUCCUGGGGUGGACCCCCUGGCUUUACAGGUCCAGUUAAAGAAGAGGAGUGAUUCCGACAGUCACACUAAUGCACCCUCUCCUUCCCUAAUGUCCCGCUCACCUAAAUCACCCUUCCUUCCUCUGGCUGCCCGUGUACUGCCCCCCGCUGGUGGGAAAGAAAAUGGUGAGGAGGAAUCGCCCAAGUGGUUGAAAGAACUCAAGUCCAAGAAGCGCUUGAGUCAAUAUGAGAACGAGAACUAAGGUUGCCUUUCCAGAUGGAUCCUUCAGAAACCGAGGCCUUAAUAUUCGACUCAGAGAGUAGGAGGGUGGAAUCUGCUGCUGAUGUAUAUAUUUAUUUCUCAUUCCUUUUGCUUCUCUUACUGUCUGGGUUGAUCAUCAUGCAUGGUGCCUUUUUUUUUUAUAUAUAGAAGAUCUAUGAUACAACAACAGUAUAAUAACACAUCCAGCUCUUUCAUGUACAUCUGCACAAGGAGGGAACACUUUGAUAGGGACCAGAAGAGGUAUGUCUGGGGUGUGUGUGGGGGGGGGAGAUAAUGAAAUUCCCAUCAGGAAGUGGGCAAGUUGAGGGACCACUGCACAAUGGACUGCAUGCUGUAUAGAGACCCACAAUGCAAUGGGAAAUGUUGAUAGUUUCCUUACUUGACCGAUGUGUGUGUGGUCGCAUGUGCAUUGUUGUCAAUGAUGGCAAACACACGAGCGUGGUCAUGUGACAAUAUAUCAUGUGUGUUGUUGUCAAUGAUGGCAAUCACACGAGCGUGGUCAUGUGACAAUAUAUCAUGUGUGUUGUUGUCAAUGAUGGCAAUCACACGAGCGUGGUCAUGUGACAAUAUAUCAUGUGCAUUGUUGUCAAUGAUGGCAAACACACGAGCGUGGUCAUGUGACAAUAUAUCAUGUGUGUUGUUGUCAAUGAUGGCAAACACACGAGCGUGGUCAUGUGACAAUAUAUCAUGUGUGUUGUCAAUGAUGGCAAACACACGAGCGUGGUCAUGUGACAAUAUAUCAUGUGUGUUGUCAAUGAUGGCAAACACACGAGCGUGGUCAUGUGACAAUAUAUCAUGUGUGUUGUUGUCAAUGAUGGCAAUCACACGAGCGUGGUCAUGUGACAAUAUAUCAUGUGUGUUGUUGUCAAUGAUGGCAAUCACACGAGCGUGGUCAUGUGACAAUAUAUCAUGUGUUGUUGUUGUCAAUGAUGGCAAACACACGAGCGUGGUCAUGUGACAAUAUUUCUGACACUCCUUUGGAAGCUGCUGACGACAUUAUUAGUUGGGAUGUAUAUCAUGUAAGUAAUCAUCAGAUGUUAUAUUUUCUAUGUUUUCACUAUGAUAAAGAGAUAGUUUUGGGG